AUGUAUUCCGUACUACUAUGGAUGCUGGGCGUAGUGCUUGCGCUAUUCCUCGGUCUUUACUAUGGACAAUCCAGGCCACCGAUUCCGGCACCAGCUGGGCCGCCCCGGCUUCCCAUCAUUGGAAACCUCCACCAGAUACCCAGGACGGGUGUCCAUCAUAGGUUCACACAAUGGGCCAAGAUCUACGGUGGCAUAUUCGGCCUCAAGCUGGGUCCAGCCCGGGCGGUCGUAAUUACAGACCGACGACUGGUAAAAGAGCUGAUCGACAAAAAGGGUUCAGCUUACAGCUCCAGACCACCAUCGUAUGUCUCGCACGACCUCAUCACACGAGGGGAUCAUCUCUUGGUCAUGGACUACGGCGAUAGAUGGCGCUUGCUUCGCAGAACCUUGCACAAGUUCUUCAUGGAGGUCAUGUGUGCGACCAAGCACAUGGCCCUCAUAGAGGCAGAGCAAACUCAGAUGAUGCGGGACUUUCUGGUGAACCCCGAGCGUCUGAUGGUUCACACCAAAAGAACGAGCAACAGCAUCAUCAUGAGCCUGGUAUUUGGCAUACGGACCAAGUCCCACGACACGAUGCACAUGAAGAAGCUUUACGCCGUGAUGGAGCGCUGGUCUGAGGUGAUGGAGAUGGGCGCUACGCCGCCGGUGGAUGUUUACCCCUUUCUCAAGCUUCUUCCUGAGUCGCUGUUUGGCAACUGGAUCCAGCGAUCGCUGGUCGUUGGCAAGAUGAUGAAAGAGCUUUACAGUGGCAUGCAGUCCAAGCUGCUAGCACGGCGCCUCGACCGAGGCAGCAGUGCCUCAUUUAUGGACCAAGUACUCGAUCAACAGGACAAGCUGGCCUUGACUCCCAACCAGCGAGAUUUCCUCGGUGGCGUGCUCGUGGAGGGUGGUUCAGACACAGUCUCGACCAUGAUGCUGGUGGUAAUCCAGGCGCUGACGCUGAAUCCGGAUGUCCAGAGGAAAGCCCAGGAUCAGAUCGACGCGGCGUGCGACGACGAGAGCCCACCAACGUGGUCCAACUACCAACAACUGCCCUAUAUCAGCAUGAUCGUCAAGGAGGCGAUGCGCUGGCGCCCAGUCACCCCGCUGGCGUUCCCCCGUUCCCUCGCCAAGGACGAUGUCGUCGACGGCAAGCUCUUGACCCGGGGCACCACUGUCUUCAUCAACGUCUGGGGCCUGCAUCACGACGAGAAGAAGUUCCCAAACCCAGACAGGUUCGACCCAGAGCGCUUUGAGGGGAAAACUAGGCUGGCGGCCGAGUAUGCAGCGUCGGCCGACUACGACAACAGGGACCACUACAUAUACGGCGCUGGCCGUCGCAUCUGUCCCGGCAUCCACCUGGCCGAGCGCGAGAUGUUCCUGGGCACCGCGAAACUGCUAUGGGGCUUCAGCUUCGAGCAGCAGCGCGACGGCGAUGGACGGGCCGUCCCCAUUGACACAGACCCCGUGACGGGAUACACCGAGGGUUUCCUAAUCUGCCCAAAGGACUUCGCCUGCCGGGUCUUGCCUCGGUCGGAGAGGCGAGCCGCGACGAUCAUGCGCGAGUUUGAGAAGGCAGAAAGGCAGGUCUUCUCGCAAUAUCGUGACUGA